AUGUCAAAUUUAGAAAAACGUCAUUUUUACCUGAACGUUACUGAUAGAAACACAUUUAUUGAUGGCGAUGAUUUGAAGGCAAAUAUUAUCCAUCAUCUGUCACGAGUAAAUUCAUUUGUAUUUAAUAUUAAAUCGUGCAAUAGUCGUUAUAAUGAAAUUGAUUUGUCACGAAAUGAAGAUAUUCAACAAUCCUUUCAAGAUUUCAAAUAUAAUCGAAUUAUUUCGUGUGUUGAUCAUUUUCAAGGAAGCAGUUAUGAUCAAUGUGGACUAUUUAAAUGUGUUUAUGCGGUAUCAUUAUUUGAUAAACGUCCAUUCGAACAUGAUUUUUCUCUUCAAAUUUUUCAAUUAUUUCCAUUUAUGAAAAAUUUAACUAUAAACCGUCGUAAAGCGCAAACAAAUGAACGACGUAGAAAAUCAAAAAAUGAUGAUGAAAAUGUAUCAAUUGUUAAUUACUAUAAUCUUACUGAACUUCAGUUUUUUCAAGCUCACGAAGAUUAUCUUUACUUAAUACAAAAACAUGCUUUCUAA